AUGAAGCGAUACUCCAUAGCUCCCGGGCUGACGCGCCGCAAAUCGGCGCAUGUGGGCUCAGGCGCGGGCUCGGACCCGGCUGCGACGUUGGAGCUUGAAAAACUAGAGCAAGAAAUCACCCUUACUCUUCAAGAAAUUGACAAAAAUUUAUCCAAGGCGAACGCAGUAAUUUCUGAAAAAAUGUUCCCAAUUCUUGCUAAAUACGCUCAAUCGUCUCAGAAAGUGUGGAACAAUGCCAAUUUUUGGAAAUACUUCUUGGAACAGGCAGCAGACGUGGAACUUACCAGCUACGAAGCACCGGCCAAUUUAGGCACCAAUUUGAAUACAAUUGCCAAUUCUAAGCGAGCUGACGCUCAGGAAAACCAAUGCGAAACCACAUCGAAAUCCACUACCGACUGGCUUGAAAAAGACCACCAGAACACAGACCAUGCUCAUCGGCUCGAUGUCGCGAAAAAUCAGGGCCACGCUUUUGCCGGUCUCGGAGAAACUCCUACGUGGUCACCUGAACGUCCUCACAAGGCAGAUGAUAUACAAGCGUCGACUCCAGAAGCAAUACGAAAAAAUGCAAAUCCCGGGGCUGUUGUCCAGCCAACACCCCAAAUGAUCACCCACACCAUCCGCCAGUCUCUUGACAAUUACCACCGAAUAUCCAUCUCUCCACGAAAGGAUACCCGCGCCACCACCAGUGAGCGCCACCGCCGCGAUUCGGUGAUUCGUAAAUUUAUCAAUUCGUCGCCAACACUUCCGGAACCACCAGUACUCGUUUCGGACUUUGGACCACCUUCUCCAUCCAAAAAUGUCCGUGAUCUGGCUCAACUUCAGGCCCAGGUUCUUGCAGCUACUCCCAUGCGAGAUCCGCCCUUUCGCAGCCAAAAUUCGUUGCAGAGGUUCCCGCGAACUCCAAAAAUUGGUGCCGAUUCCAACGAGCCGGUGGAUAUAAUGAGAACACCUUUGGGGGUACGGAUCCGAUACGGAGACGAUAGCGAGUUGGCGCCUCCAGAAAUGGAAACUAACACCAACAAAGCUAGUGUGGAAGAAAAUAUGCAACUUCCAGACUUGCAAACCAUAGAAACUGGGUCCAAUAAACGGCGUCGAUUGUCGACUGCUGACGACGAACAAAAUGUGUUUUUAGACCAGAAUAGCUGGACUCAACCACGAGAAAAUACCCUGACAAAUUCCAAUUUGCUUGAAGCAUUUGAAGACGUGGCCACCAAUUCGUCAAUAACAUUAAAGCAGACGGGUGUGUCUGGUGAAAAACCGCAAGAUUUAUUUGCAACCAUUGAGCACGAUACCACAGAUAAUAGCACGUCGGAAUUGGGGCAGUUUUACAGAGAUCGGCUUAAGGAGUUUACGAAUUACGGCUCCUGA